UGCUGUAUAACUUUAUCCAGGAUUCCUCAACAGUACAUUCCACACCCCUUUUUUCAGCACCUGCAAGGACAGACGGAGCAAAAGGUUCCGGGACAUGUUACUUUCAAACUGAGACACCCCCUGUUAAACAAUCGUCAGUCUAUGGACUGCAUUAGUAUAGAAGUGAAUCGUCCUAGGGAGGAGAGAAGCUGAUUUACCCGUCUAGUUAACUAUACAGGCACUCAGUACCGGCUGUCACUGACCCCCUCCAAAUAUCAACGUUACCUUUCGGCCUCUGUGUGCUUUGGAACAGAAGACAUGGUUUUGCCCAGAAUUGGGGAACGAGCCGAGAAGUGACUGGAAGUGUGAAGAGGAAGACCGGAGAGGGGGCGAGCAAGGAAGAGAACCCAUCCCUGAAAGGAGGCGAGAUGACCACGGAGCACUGCUCCUGAGUUUGUGACCAGCGGAACAUGCGUCUGUAGUUCUGUUUCAGAUGGAAAAUUCGACGGUUUGGGAAGAUCUCAGUCAAUUAACAUGCACUCUUGCUCACUUUUAAUAUUCACUCAGUCGGUGAAGACUCAUGGGUUAAGUGCCACAUUUGAAUCUGUAUAAUGGCUGAUGAAUGGAUCGGGUUACAUCUGUUGGAGCUAAGAGGCUGUGUGUUCCACAUGUAAUGCUUGUGUUCUUUGGUGACUCAUACGCACUACGAUCUACUGAUUCGACAGUUUGUUUGAGGAGGGGAGUACAUGCAGAUCUGAGACUCCCCUCCCAACACACACACACACAGAGAGAGAAUCCAGUCUGCAACCAAUGCCUCUCUCGCUCUCCUAAUCACUGAAUGCCUCAGACAGGAACUCAGAUGUUCUGCAAAGUCGCUUAGAAUUGAACAAGCUUAGAGCCAGCAGGGCUGCUUGUCUCCGAUCAGGUGUCUAUAACCAGCUCCUUCGAUCUGCUUCACACGCUCCUGAACUGUCCUGGAGCAUCUUCCUUGAACCACUUUAAAGGUCAAGAGCUUAUUGAAAAGCCCUCGCUGCCCUGCGCUCUCCUGUCGGACCUUUUUAAAUUCCAGAUCUCCAACCCUCACGAUUGGAUGGCACAUAUGCUGGAAAUAACCCACCAGGGGAACAUUGGACAUAGGUAUAAUUUUGUCCAGAGUGAAACCUUGAGGACUACACUGCAAGAGAUGGAGCCUCUAAAGAUAUCCACUGUCCCUAUCUGGGAACAAAGCACAGAGAAGAUCAAUGGAUCAGCAUUCAGGAAUGAGUCCCAUAAUGGGACGCAUGGAGAGCCAUUCAUGUCUAGCGUUCACACCAUUGUGCUUCCUGUAAUUUAUUUCAUUGUUUGUGUAGUAGGUCUCAGUGGGAAUACUCUAGUUAUCUAUGUUGUUGUAUGCUAUGCCAAAAUGAAGACAGUGACCAAUAUCUAUAUCCUGAACCUAGCUGUGGCUGAUGAACUCUUUAUGCUUGGACUGCCCUUUAUUGCUGCUCAAAAUGCCUUGAGCUAUUGGCCGUUUGGAUCAUUCAUGUGCCGGCUGGUCCUAACUGUCGAUGGCAUCAACCAGUUCACCAGCAUCUUCUGCCUGACCGUCAUGAGCAUUGAUCGCUACCUUGCGGUGGUGCAUCCUAUCAGAUCCACCAAAUGGCGUUGUCCUCGGAUUGCCAAGAUGAUCAAUGCCUCUGUGUGGAUAUCAUCCAUUGUGGUUGUUCUUCCGGUUAUCAUAUACUCUGAGGUCCAAACUGAUAUUAACACUUGCAACAUUAACUGGCCAGAGCCCAAGUCAGUUUGGGGUGCAGCCUUUAUCAUAUACACAGCAGUUCUGGGCUUCUUUGGCCCACUGUUAAUAAUAUGUCUCUGUUACCUACUGAUUAUAAUCAAAGUUAAGUCUUCUGGUUUACGUGUUGGAUCAACCAAACGAAGAAAGUCUGAAAGAAAGGUUACCAGAAUGGUCAUUGUCAUUGUCGUUGUAUUUGUGAUUUGCUGGCUCCCAUUUUACAUCCUGAAUAUUGUUAAUCAAAUUUCCACCUUGCCAGAGGAACCUGUUUCUGUGGGAAUAUAUUUCUUUGUGGUGGUCCUCUCCUAUGCCAACAGUUGCGCCAAUCCUGUACUCUAUGGGUUUCUGUCAGACAACUUCAAGAAGAGUUUCCAGAAAGUUCUGUGCUCGUGCAAGACCAAUGGCGUUGAAGACACAACUGAACAAAAGCAAGAGAAGAGUCGAUUUCCAGAUACAUGUAUGACACAGAGAUUGGCUGAACCAAAUGGCUGCAUGCAAACAAGUCAGAUUUAAGGAAGGUGCCCCAGCCACACGUAGUGAUGCUCAUGAGUUCUGACAAAGUGCUCUCCACUGCUUGGUAGUUGGCCAAGUGCUUGUGGAGAGCACUGCAAAAUCUUUUAAAGGUCCAGAGCUCACUUUGGGCUAAAUGUGAGUGUUAACUGCAAUUGUUGGUGGUCCUCCGUGUUUGUGUGUGUGUGUGUGUGUGAGAGUGAGUGAGUGAGUGAGUGAGUGAGUGAGUGAGUGAGUGAGUGAGUGAGUGAGUGAGUGAGUGAGUGAGUGAGUGUGUGUGUGUGUGUGUGUGUGUGUGUGUGUGUGUGUGAGUGUGUGUGUGUGUGAGUGAGUGAGUGUGAGUGAGUGAGUGAGAGUGAGCGAGUGAGUGAGUGAGCAAGCGAGAGAGAGAGAGCAAGAGUGUGUGUGUGUUUGUCUGUAUGUGAGAGAGUGUGUGUGUGUGUGUGUGUGUGUGUGUGUGUGUGUGUGUGUGUGUGUGUGUGUGUGUGUGUCUGUCUGUCUGUCUGUCUGUACAGUUGCUCUUUGGUAAAGAAUGAAGGUGUAGACUUUGAAAGUUGGGGGCACUCUUUGAACAUACAUAUGGAAGGAGUUACACUCCCCACAUAAAAUAAAUGGUCCGCAUUUCAUUUCUGGUGGUACAAGUCUCAUGAAUCAAUCAGCCCCAUUGGGUUAGUGGUUCUGUUUACAAAAGUCUUUGAAAAAUGCAUUUCAUGGUAAGAAAUCAUUGACUUCACGUUUAAAUUUUUAUGUGAGGACAGCCAUUAUCUUGAAACAAAAUUACAGUUCCGUUGUAAUGUGUGUGUGUUUUCCAUUAUACCGUUUGGUUGUGCAGUGUAGUAGUAUAGAUGCUGAAUGGCACAAAGCUGUAAAACUGCCCUUUCACCUCCAGCAUGUGAGUUUAAACCUGGCAUUGCUAAGUGAGCGGUUUUCUCCUCUUAAGAGCCCUUCAAGCUCUGAAAAUUUGGCAAUCACAAUCCAGGGAUGUGGGACUUGAGUACAAAGCUAUUUGGAAUUCCAAGUGGAGAAUGCUAACAUGAGAAGUGAAAAUAAAAACUGAUGCAACUAGAUGGAGCUCUUUUAAAGGAAGGGUACAUGAGAGUAAAGUGGGGGAAGAUUUAUAUCCCAUUCAUCCCAUACUACACCUCAAUUAGAUGUUACCAAGCAGGUGGGAAUGUUGUAAAGGGAUUGGGGGUCUUGGCUGCAAAGCCUACUGUACCUUGUGCCACUUGGGCAAGACUUUUCAGAUGACAGAAAUUUUUGCCCCACCAACUGAAGGCACAGCAGAGAUGGAAUCCCCACGGAUCACAGACCCCUGCGGCCAUGCCAUUUAACACUCCGAAAAGUGUCAGUGACAGGACUUCUGUCACACACUCUACCUCAGCCUUGGAGCUCCAGUGGCCAGUGGAGGGUCCCCAGAGAUCAGGAUGGGGCUGGGGCUUUACAGGCCAGGGAAGGAGGUGAGGCCCAAGGGAGGGGGGCAGAGGAUUGUGGGCCUCGAUGGAGAGUCUGGGGGUGUUGGCAUUGGGGUGACAGCCUCCGCAGAGGGGUGGCACACUUUGAGAGAGGCAGUGGGGUGCCCAUUAUGGAAAAGAGGGACUUUGAGUAAGAUGCCCACUCUCGCUGCCCAGGGUCCAAGCCAAAUAAACAUGGUGGGCUUCACCGUGUUCCUCCUGAUUUAAAAUUCCGUCCAAGUGGGGAGUGGCAGAUUUUGGAUCUUUUUAUAGCCAACAUCAGCACUGGGGAGUUGGUAUCAUCUGCCUGUACCACACCAAUCAAAACCUUGGAAAAUGAGGGAGCCAAGCCCAGGGAAGUAAUGGGUGGCGGGGGAGGAGGUGGUAAGUCAUGGGGGAGAUGGAGGAGAUCCGCAAUAAGGACAGGAGAUGGGACUUGGUGGAUCUCACAACUUUGCUCUAGAGGCAUCAAAUCCCCACCACCCUCCCCAACUUCCUUGCACACCUUCCCCCCCCCAACCUGAGAACUACUGACCAGCCCCAGCUCCCCUUCUGGUUCUUUACAGUGCCCCUUGCUGGCUUAAUACCAGUGGCAGUGGGGUGAGUGACACAAUUGGGCAUAAUUGCCCCUUUAAAGGUGUCGAUUUUUAGCAGAGUGGAAAGUACUGUUCUGAGUCAUCCCACUAAGGACUUAACUGGGGUGGAGACAGGAAGAUAGCAGAGCCCUGCCAUCAACCACUUACCUGAUUAAAUGCCCUUCCCAUUGACCAACCCGUGAAGCAGGAGGGCACAAGUUCUGCCCAUUGACACCAGCAUUGUGGACUGGAAAUGCAGCUCAGUAUUCUGACAAACAGAAAUGAACACUCUGUCUGCACAAAAUCCUACAAAAUAUCAUCUCUGCUAGUCAGCCUGUGUUCUGGUUGUUAUCAUCUAUGUUUCACAACAGCAGAAACAGAACUGUUUUGGUAUCCAGUCUGGAAGCAUUGGAACCUGCCUCUUGUUGUGAUCCCAAAAUGCAUUCCUCCAGAGAAGGGAGAAAGUGCAGAUCAUUUUUCAGGAUAUAUUUACCAAUAUUUGAAAAUAUCCAAUUUCCAGACCUUCAGAUCUUCCAGCUAUAUUUUUCAUAAAUAGCUUUUAAGAAUUUCUGUCUCAGACUGAAGAGGAGAUAAUGUUCCUCUAACGACUGAUAAUAGAGGUAGAUCUGUAAAGGAUCCAGCAUUUUGCUUUUUAAAUGUAACAGAGACAGAAAAAAAAAGUACAUGACUGUUGCAAUCAUAGAAUCUGUACAGUGUGGAAGCAGGCCAUUUGGCCCGUCAAGUCCACACAAACUCUCUGAACAGCAUUCCACACAGACCCACAUCCCUUCUCUAUCCUGGCAUUUCUCAUGGCUAAUCCACCCAACCUGCACAUCCCUGGACACUAUUGACAAUUCAGCAUGGCCAAUCCACCAAACCUGCACAUCUUUGGACUGUGGGAGGGAACCAGAGCACCCGGAGGAAACCCACGUAACACAGGGAGAAUGUGCAAACUCCAUACAGACAGUCGCCUGAGGGUGGAAUCGAAUGCAGGUCUCUGGCACUGUGAGGUGGCAGUGCUAACCACUGAGCUGCUCCUGUUGUCUACUGAUUUACUGCUGUGUGGAUGUGGUUCUUUCCUUGUACUAAAAGGGAGUAUACUUUGAGUAUAUUCAUUGGCUGAGCAAGGAGUUGCAGCGAAUAUGGUAUUUGUCUGCCUCUAUCAUCAGCUUACCAUUAAUCAGUGAAAAGGGUGCUGCAGUAGGGUCUCUAUCUUUGAGCUAGAAGUUCUACAUUCAAGUCCCACCUGCUCAAGAACUGUGUCAUAACUUUUCUAAACAGACUGUUUGGGAAACUAAUCUAUCUGUAGCCACUUGCUGCCCUGAAAUAAUGUCCCAGGAUUUGUGACUUAAAUAACAUUGACUUUAAUGGCUUUCAGCAUCACUAAUGUACAAAGUCACCCAGCAAUUUAUGGUAAGAAAGAGAUUCUCCCCUAAAUGUUGAAUCACUACAGAUCACUGGAAAAUUUGUGUCCUUCUACCAUGAGGUUUCAGGACACUGCUUGCUCAUCCUUCACCUCCCUCUGAUCCAUGGAAUCCCAAUGGUGUGGAAGCAGGCCUUUCAGCCCAGGCUGACUCUCCAAAGAACAUCCUACCCAGACUCACCCCGUUGCCUUAUAAUGCUCGUAUGGUUAAUCCAUUGCCUGCACACAAUGGGCAAUUUAGCAAGGCCAACCCACCUAACCUGCACAUUUUUGGAUUGCGGGAGGAAACCAGAGCACCUGUGGGAACCCACACUGACACAGGGAGACUGUACAGACAGUCACCCAAGGCUGAAAUUGAACCCAGGUCCCUAGCUCUAUGUAGUAGUCGUGCUAACUUCUGAGCCACUGUGAUCAAGUUGCUGCAUACGUCUACAAACUCACCAUAGAAAGAUAGUAUUAGCAAAUAAAAACUCCUUUAAUGAGGAAAUGUAUGCUCCUGCUUAACCCUCAACCUCUGACCCAGAAGGCAAUCUGUCUAAAAUGCCAAGUCUCAUUCCUAUUGGUAGCAAAUUGUUGUGGAAGAUUGAUGUUGAUUUAAAAUUUUUUUAAAAAUAGUUAGUUAGUUCGCCAUUUUAUUUUGUCUCUGUUAAUCCGCCCUUUCAUCUUUGUUCUCAGGGCCUGGUUUGAUGUAUUUGCUGCAUUCCCUUCUUCAUUAUUCCUCAGUUUCAUUCUUAAUCUUUUAAUCCCUUUGGUUAAAGAGCCAGUCUGUCACUUCUGGGCUUCAUCCAGGAUGCGCAAUCUUGUCAUCAGCCUCAUUUGCAGCAACCUGCAGGGCAGAAAUGUUCUGAGCUGAAGGGCAGUUGGAAAAAGUCCGUAUAAAAAUGCCAGCAAAAUUUGGACCACUUACAUAAAAUCGGGUGCUUUAUCCUCGGAACGUUCUUUUUAAAUGGGAUUUGUUUUGAGAGAUUUUCUGAAGGUGAAAUGGAGAGGAUGAGGGCUGUGCACGGAGCGGGGGAGAGGGCUAUGAUCUUGUCGCUGGUUCCACCCUGAGGUAUGGGCAGGCUGGGGUUUCCAAUGUACCCUCUACCAAAUGUGAUCUUUCAUGCUGGGGAGCUAAUGUGAUCUCAAUAGUGAAUACAGGCUUAAGAUUUCACAAGACAGAAAGAGGAUUCUGAUUAUAAGAAGGGCUGAAGGGGAAGCCACACAAAUGGUGAAAGAGAGAUGGGGGUGAAACCUGUUUCAGACUGAGAGGAUGGUUUGUGGCAGGAUUGUAAAUGACUUGCUAGCCAGCUGGGUGGUGGGAGAUAGGAGGGCUGACACACACUGAGCAUUGAUGAAUUGCUGUAACAAAUAUAAAUACUACAAAUUACCAAGCAUGAGCACGUUGUGCAGUUUGUUAUGGUCUCUGUUCAUGUCUUCAGAUUCAUUAUGUGUGUAAGGCAGCCAAAUGCUAAUGUGUUUGCAGAGGAGAGAACGCAACAUCUAUCAACUGUGUUCUGUACCUAUUCAGAAAAUAAAGCAGAAACUGAAUGCCCUUAUUUAGCAACAACAGCACACUGUGAAAUAGCUUAUGCUGAAAUUGUAAUAAUUGCUUUUUACUUCACUUACUAGAAAGAAAUGCAGCGUAAAAUGUGUCUCCAUUUCUUCACUGCGGGCCAAUAUUGUGAAUGUGUUUGCGUUUUUUUCUGUAUUCCCUUGUGACAAUCAUGGAUCCAUGGAUGAAAUGUCUGUAAAAUGGUCAAUUUGUUUCCUGGAGUAAGAGUUUUCCCAAAUUUGCUUUUUGUUCCCGAUUUCAAGCCUUCUAUCCAGAGACAAUCAUAUUUGAGGCGCAUCCUUUUGCGAUCGUCUUAACUUGGACGUAAAGUGACCGUCAAGAAUUUGUGCAUCUCAGACUCUUCAAUGAUGGGUAAAUGCACCUCUUGGCUUGGUCCUACAGUUUGUGCCAAUACAAUGAAAUCGACCAACAUUGUAUUGUGAAAAUGUGUUACAAUCAGUGGCAGCACAGUGCUGAAUGACACAGGAGGUCUGAAAGUGUGGGCUUGAAUGGUGGAUGUUGCUAUGAAGUCGGUCGUUGACAAUUCCUCUUUGGAAUUUGGGUUGAAGCCCGGAUUGGGAGAAUAAGAAUCUUUUCCAACAUCCGUACCUAAAUCAAAAUAAAUUUUACAUUCACUGGCCAGAUCAUGAGAAAAUAGAAAGACUUAGCCUUUUUAUAGCAUCUAUCAUGACUUCCAGACGGCCCAAAGCACUUCCCAAUUUUUGAGGGACUCGUGCAGUGCAGUCACUGUUAGAAUGUAGCAGAAACAAGAGCUCAUGGCUCCGCUGGUUUGUGCAGAGAAUCACAACUGAAUAAUAGGAAUAAGAAAAAACCUUUUGCUCCAAUAAAUCAGUCUCUCUGAGGCAAAAACAGAAAUUGCAGGAGAAACUAUGUUUUGGUUUUUGCUUUUUGUUUCAAUUUCAGUUCUCGUUUUGAAUCUUCAGUAUUCGUAGUUCUUUGUUUCAGUCUCUCUGAGGCCCCUGUCCAACAUCCCACUACAUUCUGAUCACCACUAAUGUUCUUGCCUGGCUGAUUAUUGCAACAUUAGCUCUCCCGAUCUAGAAGAGAAGACCUUCUUAAUAUGAAGGAGUUUCUGGGAUCAUCUGCUGACGGCAAGGCUUAAUGUUGAGAAUGAUGCACUGGUGACACGAAAGUGAAUGGUCUUAAAUCUACAAUGUCAUUUUCUGGCUCAACACACAUUUCUAUACUGAAAGAAAAUUUUCCAGAAUUUAAGCAUGUUGUUCAGCUAAAACUUGACAGUACAGAAGGAAAGAAUUUGACCUGUGUACCCGCAUCAAUUCUCCAAAAGAGCUUUGUCCUGGUAAGUUUUUAACAUUAGGGAAUAUCUCCAGUUUUUCAAUGGGAUAUAAUAGAUUGGUGUCAGGAGAUUUUCUCCAUGAGUUGAAGAUUCAUUGUCAGGAUAAGGAGCUGAUAAUUUAGCACUGAAAUGAGAGAAAUUCCUUCACUAAAAAAGUUAUGAAUCUUUGCAAUUCUCAUUUUCCCCAGAAUAUUUUGGGGGCUCUGUUGUUGAAUAUAUUUAAGCCUGGAUUGGACAGAUUUGAAGUCUCUCAGGAAACCAAAGGAUUUAGGGAGUGGAGUGAUAAGAGGAGUAAAAGCCCAGGGCCAGCAGUUUUGGGAUUGAAUGGAAGAACAGGCUUGAUGGGUUGAGUGGUGUACUGUCCUAUCUGAUUUCAUGUGUGAUUCUCAUUCUUCCUCUGUUUUUGUUUGCAAAUUAUCUUAAAUAUUGUACCAUAAACAAUGUAACAACGACCAGUUGCGGCGUUGUUAGGGAAUGGGAUUUUGAUGCAUGAUUUUCUGCCUUGAAUGCAAUUGCCAUCAAUAGAAACCCAGCUAAUGCACAGGUCAAGGGUAUUUUCACUAAUUUUUACUAGAAAUUCCUUAACUCAUUCAGUGAAUUGCGAUCUGUGUGCAGGCAGUGAUCUAUUAGAGAGAUCGAGCAUGUUAAUUCUGAAUCUCCAUCAGACCAGAUUGCGACCCUGUGUUAAAUGAUGUGAUUGCUGGAAGCAUAAUAAAACUCAUCAUCUCACACUUCUGCAAAGUUACACCUGAAUCCCCUUUUUAAAAUCCUAUUAGUAGGAAGCCUCAAUAAUUUAUACAUUCUGGAAAAUUUCUAUUUGUUGAGAAAUGUUUUUUGGGUUUUUUUGAGAUUUUUAAAGAAGUUGUUGGUUUUAAUUGAAAAAAUAACUAUUUUAAUGUACAAAGCGUUUUGAAGGUGUCGAACUAGUAUCAUGAUUAUAACCUACGAACUAUAGGCUUAGUUGUGAAGGAACUUUGACUGAACCCUGUAAUAUUGCUAUAGAAUUGUUCUGCCUUAAAACCUAUUUAUCUCUUCUAAUCUAUCUCAGUAUCAUAGCCAACAAUUCAACCAAAGCAACAUAACUACUCAUUUGAUGUUUGCAAGAUAUUUCUGUGCACAAACUGGCAGCUCUGAUUUCCCAUAUAACAGCAGUGACUGCACUUCGAAAGUAAUUCAAUGGCUGUAGAUUACCUCGGAACAUCCUGAGGACAUGCAAAACAGCAAAUGAAUGGAAAAUUCUCAUUGGGUGAGCUAGCAUUGAUGGAGAGAGAAACUGAGUUAAUGUUUUAGCUCUGUGACCUUUUAUCAUCAGCUCAAAUGAAGCUCCACAGAUGUUUCCUGACCUGUUGAGAAUUUCCAGCAUAUUCUGUUUUUCUUUCGGCAUCCACAGUGUUUUGCUUCAGUCUAAAUAAUUGCAAGGUUGUUUAUGUUGUCUUUAGUCUUUGAAGGCAUCUUAGACCGUUUGCAAAAUUGAUGCAGUAUAGAUGUAAGCUAUUAUUACUGUUCGAUCCACAAGACCAUCCCCUCCCCACAAUUCUAGUGCACGUAAUAUGUUUUCAAUGACUAACACUGAAAAACAACUUCUCUGUGAAGCUGUGCAGGCCAUCUAAUGGAAUUGUCCAGUUUUCUUUCCUUCCUUGCUGACAUCAGAACCCACUUAGCCUCUGCACCACUAGGCCUGCUCUGAUCAGCAACCAGGCAUGUGGGGAACCCACUGAUGCAAUCCUGUUUGUUUACCACUUGGUGGUGCUAUGCAUCACUACUCAUGCUAAUCCAGAUGAAGUGGUAGGACGUUCAAUGGACAUAUGGUGUCCAAAGUAGAAAGCCAGGAGAUUUGGUAAAUAGCAUUUGAUAAGGAUGACCACUUUAUUCUACCAAAGCUUAAGGCGUCUAUAAGAAUCAACAAUCAGAGCUAUCAGGGUAGAUUAGCAACCUGAUGACCUGGGGUAUAGACUGCCAUCCAAAUUACAGAAACUGCCCUCUUUUCAGUCGCAUUGGGUUCGAUAGAAAUGAAAAUUGGGCAAUUUCCAUUGUGACAAUCAUUACAGUUGUACCAUAAUACAGCUCAUUCCCUGGCUUAGCAGGUUGAAAAUCAUCCACCUCCAGUUUACUAAACUGAGAUUUCAUGCCAAAAUGCUUUCUCUUUUUACACCUUUCUCCUCUUACUCCCUUUCUCUGGACAAGAUGGAUAGGAGUCCUAAUUCAGUUCCCAGAUUAAGGUCUAUAUUAGGCUAUGCAACCAAUCACUAGGAAAUGCAAGAUGGAGGCCUAAUCUGGUUUACCCUUUUGGGAAAUUAAUUCUUAUCCAAACUCUGCACUUUGAGCCCAAAAAUAUGAAGCUAAUUAGAAGUUUCUAAUUCUUCUUGCUGAAGAGACCUUGUAGUUGUGAAAAUGUAAAAAUAAUUGAAUAUUUUUGCCUAAUAUAUAAAAUCUGUACUCUGAGUCCUAGUCUGGAAUGCAGCAUCAGCUAUGUGUAUAUAAAAAUGGUAUUUCUAUAGCUACUUCUAUAGAUAUUUCUAAAGAUAUUUCCAAAGAAUGCAACCUGGAUGUUCUAAGGAUGGAAUUCCUCCCUGUGGAAGAGGGUUCUCUUACUCUGAUAUUUGAACUUGUAUCAAUUCCCCAUUUGAGAAUCGAAUCCUCAAAUCUUCCCUUGUAUUGAUAGCCAAUGUCACUUUAAAUGCUGUCUAGUACAGUGAGGAAUGUUUGAGCUUAUACUAAGGGAUCUGAGUACAGAUUUGAACAUAUAUCUCUCCAUGUGGCACUUUAAUCUCAAUUUAAUAUUUUCACUAAGAAAUGAUUAUUUUUUUUCAAAUCCUAAAUUCAGAUUGCUGUAUUUUAUUGAAAACCAAAUGACCUAAAAAGAGCAGUUGGAGACUGUACCACUGCACUAAAAUAUACUUUAUUAAAAUAUAUGAAAUUAUUGAAACCUGUGAAAAGUCUAUAUUUGUCUUGGUGGAGCACUCUUAAAGUUAAGCAUGUGGAAAAAAUAUGUGUUUAAAAUAAUUCAACUCUCUCACUUCAUUCACAAAUUAUUGUUAAUAUAUAGUGUUUGUGGGAUACUCAUAUUGUGUGAAAUAGUUAAAUAUUGUUAGGAAAUUACUAAAUCAAACAGCUUGCAUUUACAUGUCAUUUUUAAGAUGAUAUAUUUAUUGGCAGGAAGAGAAAUCUAAAGGUUAUUUCAAGACUGAAGGUAUUAGCAAAAAUAUAUUCAACAGUUUGUUUCAUUCUCUAAUCAGCUGUAUCGGUUAUUGUAUAUCAAUGCUUUAUGUGAAUGCCUAGCAGUAAUGUCUUGGUUAUGUAUGUAUCAAAUUAAAUAU